UGCGUACAUGCCAUUCAUAGAAUCUGUUCCAGGCGCAUUGGAUUCAUCUGCAAAACCAAAACAAUAUUUUGACAUUUCACAUCACCAACAACUAAAAUGGACCAAAAUCGCGGUGUCCCCGAUGGAAUCGAAAAUACCGAUAAUCCACUACCACCAUCAUCAUCAUCAGCUACAUUGACUGGAGAUGAUAAUAGCUCGACCACAACGACCACUCAUCAGCCAUCGUCAUCGUCGCAAUCGCAACAGCCGAAAGCAAAAUGGAAGCCAAACGAAUUAUUCUUGACCAAUCUAACAUCGAUGGGAUUCAGUUCAAUGAUGGCAAAAAAAGCAUUAUAUUACACCAAUAAUGAAUCGGCUGAAGCUGCCAUCGAAUGGAUAUUCACCAACGACGGCGUUGAUUCGGAAGAUUCCAUUCCAUGGGAAUUGGAACUCGAACAACAACGUCAGCAUCAAUCUUCACCAUCUGCCAAUGAUGAUGCCGAUAAUGAUCUGUAUAAAAUGGUUUUCGUAGUCAAUUCCGAAUUGACAAUGGGUGUUGGCAAAAUUGCAGCACAGGUUGCCCAUUCAGCAUUGGGGUUGCACCGACUAUUGUUGCAGCAUCAAAGUAAAUAUGGUGAAUCAUUACUUCUAUGGAAUGAAUACGGUGAAACGAAAAUUGUUUUACGAGGCGAAAAUACCAAUCAUUUGGUGGAACUGGAACAUAAAGCCAUUGCACUCGACCUACCAUGUUAUAUGGUACAUGAUGCUGGCAAAACACAGGUUAAAGCCGGGUCAACCACCGUAUUGGGUAUAUUUGGUUCGAACAAAUUGAUCGAUCAGAUCACUAAUCAAUUGAAAUUGUAUUGAUCAUUCACAAUUCUACUCAGUUAAUAAAAAAUUUUUUGUUUUUCCAAAAUUAAAA